AUGACGGCACAUAGCAUGUUCAAAUUGCCCAUCGAAUUGGUGGACGAUUUGGGUCAUUGGAGCGUCACUAAAAUAUCUCAACGCGGGGAACUCAUUCAGAAAUCUGACGUCAUCAUCUACGACGAGGCCCCUAUGGCACACAAAUAUUUAAUCCACAUGUUGGACCGAUCGCUUCGAGAUCUCCUGGGCUCGGAGAAAAUGUUUGGCGGCAAAGAAAUAAUAUUCGCCGGCAGAGCGAUCCUUUGCACUUAUAACGCUGGCGUGGAAGCGAUCAAUGAACGUGUGAUGGGUCGGUUACCGAAUGAGCCAAUGCAUUUUUUCGGCGUUGACAAGGUCGUCAGUGAAGGCCCCGAUGAGUUAUUCUUCGGUCCAGAGGCAUUGUGUAGGAUUCAACCUAAUGGUGUUCCAGAGUACGAUUUAGUGUUAAAAUUGAAACACGGUAUUAAUAUUAAAGAAUACAAGAAUCUAAACUCGCUGCUGAAGCGGCAAUCUGCGGGGUAUAAAAGCAAGAAAUCUAAAAUAUUUAACAGUGAAAAUAUUUCAAAAUUCUUGUCGGAAGCUCCCGAUGACCGCUUUUUGGCAAUCAAGGUUGAAAGCCGGUCCUUUCCCCGGGUCCUUCCUUUCGCCCCUGCACACCUGGCUUUGUCUUCUGGAACGUGCUGGCGCAGCCUGCCCUUGCAGUAUUGUUCUUGUGACUCCGUGCUGUUCAUCGCGGCUGUGGCGUAG